AUAUGCCCGAACCCGAUGCGUGAUCGCGUGUAUUUAUAUGAUCUGCCCAUCCGUUCCGAUUCACGCCAUAAAGACGCAAAUUUCAGUUUCUGGAGCGGUUUGAAGUUCCAAUUGGCCGGACGGAGCGAGGGAAGAACAAGGAAGAAAAUGUCGUCGUCGGAGAUCUUAGUCCAUCGGGAACACGCCGAGAUCCACCAGGGGGAGGCCAUCUGCAAGAAGAAGUCGAAGGAGCUGCUGGAGAAGAUGUCGCUGCCCAAGGGCCUGCUCCCCCUCGAGGGCCUCGUCGAGGUCGGCUACAACGACGCCACCGGCUUCAUCUGGCUCACCAAGAAGUCCAAGACCGAGCACACCUUCCGCAAGAUCGGGCGCAGGGUGUCCUACGACACGCACGUCACCGCCUUCGUGGAGGAGCGCCGGAUGCGGCGUCUCACCGGCGUCAAGAGCAAGGAGCUUUUCAUUUGGGUGUCCAUCUCCGAUAUCCACAUCGGCGACCCUGCUUCCGGUAAGAUCACCUUCGCCACUGCUACCGGCAUGUCCAGAUCCUUCCCCGUCUCCGCCUUUGAAGACGAUGAAGAAGAGAAUGGCAAAUGAACCACUUUUUCCUAUUGCUUUUCCUGUCUUCUCUCUUCUUUUUGGGAUUGGGAUUAAAUUUCAGUGUUUUAAUUGAUGAAUGUUAUUAAUGGGUUGUGUUAGGGCUCUUGGCCUUUGUGGAUUGGGGAUAGAAGAAUAUUGUAAUGUUAGGCUCUUUUCUGGUACGUUACGUUACUUGAGCUCUGUUUGGCUCUUUUAUUAUAUUGCACCUUUGAAAGGUUUUAUUAUUUUUUAUGCAAAAAAAAGGACCUGAUGUGUGUAUAUCAAAGUCUUAAGUCAAGAAGUAUUUUUAGUUCUAGAAA